AUUACUUCGACCUCUGCCGCCGCCGGUGCCGCAGCCACCUCUCGGGAAGCCUCUUUGCCUCCGCAGAGAGGAAGAGGGAGAGGAGCCCACGUCACCUGUCACCCAGUAUCUCCAGCCGCGCGGUCCCGAAGAGUGUAAGAUGUUCGCCUGCGCCAAGCUCGCCUGCACGCCCGCUCUGAUCCGAGCUGGAUCCAGAGUUGCAUACAGACCAAUUUCUGCAUCAGUGUUAUCUCGACCAGAGGCUAGGACUGGAGAGGGCUCUACGGUAUUUAAUGGGGCCCAGAAUGGUGUGUCUCAGCUAAUCCAAAGGGAGUUUCAGACCAGUGCAAUCAGCAGAGACAUUGAUACUGCUGCCAAAUUUAUUGGUGCAGGUGCUGCAACAGUAGGAGUGGCUGGUUCUGGUGCUGGUAUUGGAACAGUCUUUGGCAGCCUUAUCAUUGGUUAUGCCAGAAACCCUUCGCUGAAGCAGCAGCUGUUCUCAUAUGCUAUCCUGGGAUUUGCCUUGUCUGAAGCUAUGGGUCUCUUUUGUUUGAUGGUUGCUUUCUUGAUUUUGUUUGCCAUGUAACAAAUUACUGCUUGACAUGUUGGCAUUCUUAUUAAUUACGGAUGUAAUUCUGUGUAUCUUACUGUGACUCCGAAAACUGUAGUAUUGGUGUCAUGGAAAUGUACGUUAUUUCCAAAGUCAUUUCAUUAAAGAUGAAAACUUUAAUUUCUUCUGUGAUUUGUACUUACACUAAGGUUAGAUUAUCACAAAGAAGAAUGUGCAUUCAGACAGAUGCUGUCCAAUUCAGAGGAAGCUACAGCUGAAAAUAUCCCAAUGUAAUUUUUAUCGGAAUUCUUUUAUAUAGUGUUCUGCAUAUUGUAAUUCAUAGGGCUUUUGUUUAUUCAUAUAAAGGAUAAAUAUUCGGGUGUUUUGAGCUUCUAUAAAAUAUGGUUAAUUAAAGAUAGUUAAUACUCAAGAUGGUCUUGUGUUUUUAAGGUCUAACAUCAGUUAGAAUACUUCAAAUCAGAAUCACCUUCCAGGUGGUUGGUUCUAAAAAUAAAUCACGUCAGCUUUUUAGGAAAUGAAGCCUUAAGCUGGGAGGUAAUGUGAUUUUUGUUUUUCAGUAAGUCUCACAUUAAGCAAUUGUGUGCUUAUAAUGAAUCUUCCAUGUCUUUUCAGAACAGGUUCAGUCCAACUAGCAGCUAGUUUCUUACUUGAACAAGACUAUUAAAAACCAAAUAUAAAAAAGUAGACUGAAUUGGUUAGAUUUUUACAGCCAAAAGUUGCUGUAAGGCAGCGUUUAUCACUGUUGCUAACAUGUUUAUAGUGGGAGUCUUGGGGAUGAUAGCUGGUUCAAGAGUAUUUUGCUGCUAAUACUUUAUGUUCCUUCUUGGUCAAACUUUUCCCAUUCAAAGGAAGAAGGUGGUGCUACUAUAGACAGUUUUUCCCCUAGCAAAUGUAUUGUACCAUAAUAUCUAUCAUCCAAGUUUCAGGGUUUUUUGAAAGUUGAUAAUUAGGAAAGCGACAUUUUACUUUUUUUAGUGCCCUUUGCCUGUUUGAUUUCCAUUGAGAAUGAGCAGUCAGUUACCAAAGUUCCUCAAGUGUGGGAAGACUGCCUCCAUCAGAAUCAGUGCUCGUUGAAAAAAUAAAAAUCCCUAGGUUCCAGACCUACUGAAUUGGACUCUUUGGACACGAGAUUCAGCAAUCUGCAUCUUUAAAAAGGCUUCCCAGGUGAUUUUUGUGCAUACUGUUUGAGAAUCACUAAGUUAUACAUACGCUACCUUCUAUAAAGUGAAAUGAGGCCCAAAAAAGCUAAAAAGGUAGAGCUGCUGCCACGUUUUUAGUUGAUUCAUCAUCUAGUCUAUAUCACCCAAAAGAAUUAGAAAUAGGCAUUCAGACAAAAACCUGUAUACAAGUAUUCAUAGAAGCACUACUUACAAAAGCCAAAAGGUAGAAACAACCAAAUGUCUAUCAGCUGAUGAAUGGAUAAGUAAAAUACAUCCAUAUAAUGGAAUAUUCCGCCAUGAAAAUAAACGAGGCACUGAUACAUACUGAAUAAAUAUAAGUGAACCCUAAAAACAUGCUAAGUGGAAGAAGCCAGCCACAUGAUUCCAUUUAUAUGAAAUACCCCAAACAGGCAAAUCCAUAGUGACAAAGCCAAUUAGUAGUUAUCAGGAACUAGGGAGACAGGUGAAGAGGGAGUGGCCGCUUAAUGCGCAUGGGGAUUCCUUUUAGGAUUAUGAAAAUUGGAUGAAUUACGGCUGAUCUGAUGGCAGUGGGUUAUCAGAACUUAUUAACAUGAGUGUCAUUAAAGUUGGGAUAUAGCCCCUCACUGCUAAAUCUGGCUUAAAAAUUUUUUAAAUUUUGAUGAAUUAGUGGUGAUGGUUGCACAACAUUGUAACUAUACUAUAAUGUAUGUCACUGAAUUGUACACUUUAAGGUGGUUAAAAUGGCAAAUUUUCCAUGUCUUACUGAAACUACUGUACUAUGUAAUACAAAGUACAUAGUAUAAAAUUUUAAAAGUGAUAGGAAAAUGCUGAGAUUAAUAGUCAUCUAUUCCAAGUGUAUUUUAAAUAAAAACAGUCUUGGUAAA